AUGACCUCCGCAUUCUUUUACGGAACCCUUAUGGCACCUACCAUUCUAUCCUGGGUGAUUGACAACGAUGGAAGUCAUCUCCAAGUCGCCCCUGCAGUACUCUUAGAGCAUACUAGACACCAAGUUAAGAACGUAGAUUAUCCCGCCGUUGUCGCUUAUGAACAAUCGCGAUCGUUGUUUGAUCGUGAGCUCACUCAAGAUGAGCGAUCCGUGCGAGGGACGUUAGUGAAUGGCUUGACACCACAGGAUGUCACGAGCUUAGACUUAUUCGAAGGUGAUGAAUACAAGAGCGAGAAAGUUCAAGUGCAUAUUUUAGCUCCUCCUUCUCCCAUGUCUCUCGCUUCAACUACACAUCUCUUAUCACACUCUACACCGAUGCCUGAUCCUCUCCCUGAGCCAGUGCCGUGUUUUGUGUAUAUCUGGAUCUAUCCCCUAUCCAGAUUAGAACCUAUUCUAUGGUCAUACGACGAGUUUGUGAAAGAAAAAAUCCAUAGAUGGCUUCAUAGCGAACCUGUCGGGGACGGGGAUGAGGAUGGGGGACAGGAACCAACUCCUUCCAUAAAUUCCAGGAUCGAUUAAUGUCGGAGCACAGCCGCUUCUCAUUGGUUUACUUGCAGGACCGGGAAUGGUGGACUAGAGCCAGCGCUCAAGUUUGGUUGGAGAUAAUGGCUGUCUCACUUCAGCAUGCUAUUCGCUCAUUUCGAGGUGAACAGGUCAAAGACUUCGGGUACGUUGCACGAGUACUCAAGGUGCUCUGUGAAGAAUCUCCACGGGAUGAUCAGAAGGAAUAAACCCCUGUAUCGGCUAAGGCCCCAUUAACCUAGUAAUCAGAGAUCGCUACAAGAGGGCACAAGCUGUAGAUAAUUCAAAUGAUACAUAUUCCAAGUUAGAUGAACAAAC